CGAGGAAAGGGGGCGAAAGGAAGCUUUGUUGCCGCCAUUUCACGUGAGAGCAACGCGGUGACAGCGACUGUCAGAGUAAAAGAACAACAACAACAACAAGUGCACCGCGUGAGAUUUAAAUCAACCCGCUGGAGCUUUUCAGGAGCGAGGGACACCGGGAUAUCUUGCUGUUUGGGCCGGAUUCAGUGUGAAGGGGCCGGUCGUGGUGCUCAGGGAGAACAGGAUGAGCUACGGAAGGCCGCCGCCAGACGUGGAGGGGAUGACCUCCCUCAAAGUGGACAACCUCACCUACCGGACGUCCCCGGAGACCUUGCGCCGGGUGUUCGAGAAGUAUGGCCGCGUCGGGGACGUGUACAUCCCCCGGGAUCGCUACACUAAGGAGAGCCGCGGCUUCGCCUUCGUGCGGUUCCUCGACAAGCGCGACGCCGAGGACGCGAUGGACGCGAUGGACGGCGCGCUGCUGGACGGGCGGGAACUCCGGGUGCAGAUGGCCCGCUACGGACGACCGCCGGACUCCAUGUACAGCCGGAGGGGAGCUCCGCCACGCAGAUACGGAGGACGUUCUGACAGCCCCCGGCGCCGCAGACGUAGCCGCAGCCGCUCCAGGAGCAGGAGCCGUUCCCGAUCCAGGAGCCGCCAUCACUACAGCCGCUCCAGGUCCCGCUCCUACUCCAGGUCGAGGUCCAAGUCCAAGUCUAAGUCUAAGUCCAGAACCCCGAGGAGGAGCAAGUCUAAGUCCCCCUCCAGGUCUCGCUCCCGCUCCAGAUCCAAGUCAAGGAGUCGAACCCCACCCUCCAACAGGGGGUCCAAAUCCAGGUCCAGGUCCAAAUCCAAGAGUAGGCCUAAAUCACCAGAGGACAACGAAGCUGAGCCUUGACCCCAACAUGGACGCAACAUAACGGUAUUCAGGGGGAAGGGUGGAUGAUGAAUGUUACUUGUUAUGGUCAGAUUGUAGUUGCUCAUCACUAGUUUUCUGCAGUCUUGAUGCUACAUUACAGUAAUUUGCACACAAGCAUUGAGGUCUGCAGAACCCUCCAUGUUUUUAGAUAGUCCGAUUUGGGCUGAUGACAAUGUACUGUGUGUGCUUUACUUUGCUUGUAUGUUCAGUCAAGUUAAAGCACACACCGGGAGAUUUGGCUAAAUGUUAAUUGACAAGCACAUUUUUCAAAUUGGGUUAAUGUGAGUGUGGGGGGGAGACGUGGGGGUGCUUCACUCAAAAAAACGUUCACCUAAAUGUGGAAUUCUUUCCUCCAAGCUGCGGAGUCCUGUUUGCAAAGAGAGGAGGAGGAGGAGAUGGGGGUGUGGCAGUGUGAGAGCAGUUAGUGUGUGACCCGCCCAUGUGACCUGCCUGUUGCUGAGAGCGAUGGCAGCUGCUAAGGAGCAGGUCGUCAUGGCGGUGGUUCGGGCGGUCAGUUGGUGUAUGAGGUGGUGUGGUGAGGUACGUUCGCGGGGAUCACAGGCAGAUGCGCUGAGCGCUGUUCCCGCCCGUGCCUGUGGUUUCCUCCGCUUCUCACAAAGGGAACGCACCCAGAGGUUUGUUUUUCAAAUAUGCCCGAGUGCAAGUUACUUGUUACAACUGCUUAUUUUGGGGGAGUGUGGGAUCCAAGUUUAAGGUGUGUAAACAAAUUUGAAAAUUAAGUACAAAUGUUAGGUAUAUUGGAAUCACCGACAAAAAUUAAAAAGUUUGUUUAAAUGUAAGUGUGAGUGGGAGGAAGAUCAGACCAGAACUGUUUAAAUAUCAGCUGCAGGAGUUGAGACUUUCUUUUUGUUGUGCUUUUGUCAAUUGUAUUUUUUUCUUUCCUUGCAGAACUGAGAUGACCGAGUCUUUGCCGAGGACGUCAGGAAGAGUCUCACAUUGAGCAAGGGGACUCCAUUAUUACCACUGAAUGCAGACUGAAAGGUUAUUGGAGCUUGGUCUAAAAAUGUUUCAAAUGUUUAAUUUGACAUAAUUUACUUAAAUUCUGUAACUUUGUCGUCCUUUGUAAAGUUGAGCACAUUGACAGGGACAUGUACGGUGCCCCCUCCCCAACAAAUUGGGCUCUUUCUUUUUAUUUUGGUUGAAUUUGUACAAAUUUGUCAAAUAAAUUCAUUUUACGUUAAAUAUAUCUCUUUUAAUGCAACCCCUUGUUUAGUAUUCUUUUCAGAUGGAUAUGGAGUUGAUGUAGAAAAUGUUUAUGUUGGAUGUUAACCUAUUCUUUUUGGGGGGAAAUGGCUUAUUGUGCACUCAGUGACAUACUUUUCACUCAGUGACAAAAACAAAACUUAAAAAUUCGCAGUGCCACUCAGAUUGUGAUUUGCUAAUCCGGCCGCAAAGCAUUUCAUUUUUCUGUCAAAUCUUUUUUUUUUUUUUUUCUGUCUGGUUUAAGUAUUUCCUAUGACUCUAACCCUCUUUCUUGUGUAUCUUUUGUGCACUAGGCGCAGUUGUGUAGCAGUUGAGUAAUGCUGGUUAGCUGUUAAGAUGCGGUGCAGUGCGGUGGUGACAUGGUGUGGCGUGUUGCGGUGCUGAGUGCCCGGCGCUGUUCCGGGGCUCGACCCUCCGCUGCCGUUUGCCGGUUUGUAAGAUCACAGGUGUGGCAGUUCAUCCAUCCUCUCCUGUCUUGUGACUUCUCCUUCCCUCCAUGUGCUGUACAGAUUCUCUCCUUCCUUUUUCUCUUUAUCCUCCCUCCUUUCCUCCCUCCCCUCCCUCUGUGGUUUACCCACUGUUUAAAAAAAUAGCUGUGCUCGCUUUUUGAAGUUGGGUCCAGUGCGACUCCUAUUGAAGGGUUUAAAAUUCAGUUCAAACUGCUCAAUGAAUAAUUUGUGUAUUGCAUUCCUCUGUUAACCUUUCAUGUCUUGUUAUUGCUUCAGGUGAAUGCUAAUAAACAUUUUUUUGUCGUAAA